UAAAGAGUAGCAAGGGGUGAUUGUGGAAGAUCCGCAUCGAAAUAGACGUAAAAAUGGAUUUUAAUGUAAAGAAAUUAGUAAAAGAUGCUGGUGCUGCACUUAGUAGGGUUGUGCAGUUAACAGAGGAAACAUUGGGAACAUCAGAAAAAACUGAAUUAGAUGCACAUUUGGAGCAUCUUUCAGAUAGAGCAAAUGCAACUAAAACAUGGACUGAAAAAAUCCUUAGGAAUAUGGAGGCUGUACUUACUCCAAAUCCAGGCAAUAGAAUUGAAGACUUUUUUUAUGAAAAGAUUGAUAAGAAGAAACCUCACAGGUUAAGCAAUCUAGAAUAUGUAGGCAUAGAUAUGAUAGAAGCUGGUAAUGAUUUUGGACCAGGAAUUGCUUAUGGUAGUGCACUAAUAAAGGUUGGUCAGUGUCAACAAAAAUUAGGGCAAAUUGAAAGAAGUUUUAUUGAAACUUCAGCCAAUUGUUAUAUACAACCUUUAAGAAAAUUUUUGGAAGGUGAAAUGAAAACUGUUACCAAAGAAAUGUCCAUAUUGGAAAAUAAACGAUUGGACCUAGAUUCAUGUAAAAACAGAGUAAGGAAAGCAAGAAGUAUGCUGGGCCAGCAGAGUGAAUCUGGGGUAUCACCUGAAGUGUUACUUGAUCAGGCAGAGAGGGAGUUGAGAAUAGCACAAUCGGAGUUCGAUCGUCAAGCAGAAAUCGUAAAAUUAUUGUUGGAAGGAGUUUCGAGUUCUCAGGCUGGACACCUACGUUGUUUGCAUGAAUUCGUUGAAGCACAGGCGCGUCAUUACGCUCAGUGUCACGCAACGAUGCAAGAUUUGCAACGCGAACUGGCUGGCUUAUCUGGGGGUCCUUAUCAUCCGACUACCCCACCAACAUCCAAUGUAUCAACGGAAAAUGGUCAAGAACGUGCGAGGGUAUUAUACGAUUAUGAUGCGAGGGAUUCUAGUGAAUUAAGCGUCAUGCAAGAUGAGGUAAUCUCUGUUAUUGAAAUAUCUGGUGAUGAAGACUACGUUAUGGGUGUCAGAGGAAAUCAACAAGGAAAGGUACCCAAAGCAUAUUUAGAAAUGCUUAUUGUUUGUCAAUGAAAACUUAGUCAAUAGUUAUCCUUAACACACAUUCCACAGCAUUUGAAUGUUUCCCUCUAUUUUCAAUUUAAACUGAAACUGCCUUAUGCACUAUAGAAUAUUUUUUCUUGUUUGUGCAAUA